GCCAUCAGAAGGUCAAAGUUCGAACCAAGGAACAACUGUACCAACUGAAGGCACGUCUUUGUGGAGAAAGCAUUUUCAAGACUGGCAAAGCCAUGGCGGACCCCACCAAGAUGGUAGUCAACCUGGCCCUCUUUGGCACGACUCAGAGUGGGAAAAGCUCUGCCGGGAACACCCUGCUGGGAAGCGCUGACUUUCACAGCAGCUUUGCCCCAUGUUCUGUUACCCAAGAUUGCAGCCUGGGCCGCAGCUGUCACCUCCAGAGCUUCCUGCGCCGAAGGGGUCAGGAGGUCGCCCUGCAGGUGCGGGUGUUGGACACUCCAGGUUGUCCACACAGCAGGCUGAGCAAGAAGGACGUGGAACAGAAGGUUAGGGAUGCUCUGGAGCAUCACUUUGGGCAAGAGGGUCUCCACCUGGCGCUGCUGGUCCAGAGAGCAGACGUGCCUUUCUGUGGGCAGGAGGCCACGUACCCAGUCCAGAUGAUCCAGGAACUUCUGGGACAUGCUUGGAAGAAUUACACUGCCAUUCUUUUUACCCACGCAGAAAAAAUAGAAGAGGCUGGAUCCAAUGAAGAUAAAUAUUUACGUGCGGCCCCUGACACACUGUUAACCCUAUUAAAUUCUAUUCAGCACAAAUAUGUUUUCCAGCAUAAAAAAGAAAAAUCAUUUAAUGAACAAAGAAUGAAAAUCUUAGAAAGAAUCAUGGGAUUUGUAAAAGAGAAUUGUUACCAAGUUCUAACCUUUAAAUAAAAUUUAGGUAAAAAAAAAGAGCAUUUGAUAUUGGAGUCAGAAACCUGGUUUCAAAAACUGCCUUUGUGAGCAUGGACAUGUAUGAUAAUAAUUCUUAUACACCACUGGUGAGCAUGUGUUUUGGUAUAACCACUUUGGAAAACUGGAAGAUAAAAAGAACAACAAGCACUUAAGAUUUCCAAUAGAAGUCCCAUAAGAUAGCAGUUGCACUCCUAGGAGUAUAUAUCCAACAUGCAUGUGUACAUUUGUGCACUGAGGCAUGUAUGUGCAAGAAUGUUCAUAGCGGUACUAUUCAAAAUAGCUAAAAACUGGAAACUAUCCGAAUGUCCUUUAAUAGUAGAAUGCUAUGGUGUGUUCACACAGGAGGAUAGUAUACAGUAAUGAGAAUGAGCGAACUCAACUACAUUUACCAGUGCCGAUGAACUGCACAAACAUAAUGCUGAAAUAUAAGCCAGACAUUAAAGACUACAUGCUCUAUGAUUCCAUAUGUGUAAAGUCCAAAACCAGUCAAACCAAUAUAAUCUCAACUCCUCUGGUGAUAGAAGUGCAGUAAGUCAAGAGAGUGGCUACCCUUGAGGAGGACACAGUGAGUCAAAAGGAUGCACGUGAGGUGGCUUCUGAGACUGUUUUUCAGUUUCUUGAGUUUGAGGCUGGUUUCACAGGUGUGUUCACUUCGUGAGAAAGGCAACAACAAACGCUUGCCAUUUAUGAACUGCUUAGUAUAUAAGUUAUAUUUAAAUACAAGUUUAGAAUGAAUAAUAUUAUCCAGUUUUUAAGCACCAGAGGAAAUAAAAUCUUCAUCUUUCUCUGCUGCAUCCCUUUUAAUAAAAGGAUUUGUUCUGUAAAAUUUGGAUUCAGUCAAAAGGCUGCACUCAAGGACCUAGAAGGCCACAUGUGGCCUUAAGGCCGCAGGUUCCCCACCCAUUUCAGUCUUUUUAUCUAUCUUUUCCGUUCUGUUUAUCUAUCUAUACUCUGUAUUCUUUCCCUAGAAUCUGCUUAGAUUUUCUUUUGUAUUAAUUUUCAGACAUUUCACAAUUCUGUUACGUAAGACUAAUGUUUUUAAGUGACAAAUCUGUUUCCCAGAUUCUCGUUCAAACUUUAUUUUAAAAAUAAGUCUCUUUUCACAAACAUCUGAAGUAUUUGUUUUCAAUGUAUUGCUGUUGCACAGAAAAUGUUACCCUUUUAUAGGAAAACUGAAGAUUAUAGAAAAAAGAUUUCUUAAAAAAAUCAUUCUCUUUUGUUAAAUGUAUUGAAAGUGACUUUUAGUUUGCAUUUUUCAUUAAUCUUUUUCAAAGAUAAAUCCAGUUGUGGUGUUGAUUUUGGAUGACUUCUGCACUGUUCUUUCCAAAUUCCC